UGAUUUGCAAGAGUCGCAAAAUGGUUGUCGCGAGUGCCCUCUCAUUUCGCGAGAUAUUCUAUGCUUAUUUCUCGGACCGAAGCAACGACAGCCUCCUUCAUGUCAAUUUAGUCGCCUAAAAGGCCUCUUUUUUUUCCAAGUGGGCGAUUCUUGAAUCCUGUAGUCAACAGAUAAUUCAUUCAUAAUGUCUGUUGCUGAGUUUUUGAAGGGACUCCCAUCGCAUGAUGAAAACAACUUUGCAAACUUUCAUACAGAUAAUGGCAAUCGAACGUGUGUCAAGAGACCAUCGGUUUAUCUUCCGACUAAGGAUUAUCCUUCAGAGCAAAUUAUAGUCACUGAAAAAACCACUAUUCUGUUGAGGUAUCUGCAUCAACAGUGGGAUAAGAAGAGCAUAGACAGGAAAAGAGAAUUCUUGUCCACUAAUGGUGACGCUCAGGAUGAUGCAUCGACAGUGCGCAGUAAAAGGCCGCGUCUCGAUUUGAAUAACAGUCUUUAAGAUACGUUGCACAUUUUUCAUACAUACAUACAUCCAUAUAUAUGUGUAUAUAUAUAUAUAUAUAUA